AUGACCACUCUCACCCCCACCCCCACCAUCCCCUCCCCCCCCAAAUGCACCACCGCCAUCCCGGACCACCGCGGCUACGUGCCGCCCACGGCCUGCAACGCCCACUACGGCUUCUACCCGAGCUGGGAAUGGAAUCUAGUCUUCACGAUCGGCUUCUUUCUCGCGUCCCUGCUGCACAUCGCCCAGAUGCUGGCGUCGCGCAAGUGGUUCUGCGGGGUGCUGGUGAUGGGCGCGCUGUGGGAAUAUGCGUGCUUCAUGUUGCGUACGCUGGGCGCGUUCGAUCAGCAGAAUGGGGGGUUGGUGGUGGGGGGGACGGUGUUGUUUUUGUUGGCGCCGUUGUGGAUCAACGCGUUUGUUUACAUGGUCGUGGCACGGCUGAUCCAUUUCCUCCUCCCCUCGAACUCGCAAAGAAUACUCGGACUAUCGCCGCGUUGGCUCGCCAAGGCCUUUGUUGCUGUUGAUGUGCUAUCUUUCUUUAUCCAAGCGGCUGGCGGCGGCAUGCUUGCCGGCCAAGAUGGAGGGGACACGGUCCAGACAGGGCAGCGGAUUUACAUGGCUGGCAUCGGUGUCCAGCUAGCCUUCGUCGUUAUUUUUGCAGCCAUUACGGGGCUGUUUACCCUGCGCUUGGAACGCUUGAUGGGAGCUGGACUGUUAGAGCCAAGGCACAACCUCACCGUGACCAGGCACUUGGUGUGGUUCAUGCUGACUGUCAUUGGGCUAAUUGUGGUUCGCAUUGUUUUCCGUUUUGUCGAGUUCAGCGGUGGAGUCUCUUCAUCGAAUCCCAUUUUGGCCAACGAGGCUUAUCAGCUGGGUCUCGAUGCCCUGCCUAUGCUCAUUGCCCUUCUCCUCAUCAAUGCCGUGCACCCUAGCAAGGUGCUUAAGGGACCAGAGAGCAGUUUCCCAAGGACUUGGCCACGCCACUGGAAGGCUAAAUCGGGGGGUGAGCAUGAAUUGCUGGAUUCUUCAGGGUCAAGAGACCCCAUUUCUACACUAAGAAGACUUUUGGAGCAUUGUUGCGGAUCAUAG